CUUCCGGUCGGCCUUCUGAGGCGGCCGCGCCGUUCGCCAUGAGCGUCCCGGCCUUCAUCGACAUCACCGAGGAGGACCAGGCUGCAGAGCUCCGAGCUUACCUGAAAUCUAAAGGGGCUGAGAUCUCCGAAGAAAAUUCGGAAGGUGGACUACACGUCGAUCUAGCUCAGAUUAUCGAAGCUUGUGAUGUUUGUCUAAAAGAGGAUGAUAAAGAUGUUGAGAGUGUGAUGAACAGCGUAGUCUCUCUACUUCUGAUCCUGGAGCCCGACAAGCAGGAGGCUUUGAUUGAAAGCUUGUGUGAAAAGCUGGUUAAAUUUCGGGAAGGAGAACGCCCAUCUCUCAGGCUGCAGUUGCUGAGUAAUCUAUUCCAUGGAAUGGACAAGAAUACCCCUGUACGUUACACCGUCUACUGCAGCCUUAUUAAAGUGGCAGCAUCUUGUGGUGCCAUCCAGUACAUUCCAACUGAACUGGAUCAGGUUAGAAAAUGGAUUUCUGAUUGGAACCUCAGCACAGAAAAGAAACAUACCCUUCUGAGGCUGCUUUACGAAGCCCUCGUGGACUGCAAGAAGAGUGACACAGCUUCAAAGGUAAUGGUGGAAUUGCUAGGAAGCUAUACUGAGGACAAUGCAUCUCAGGCGAGAGUUGAUGCCCAUAGGUGUAUUGUUCGAGCAUUGAAAGAUCCAAAUGCCUUCCUCUUUGACCAUCUUCUUGCCUUAAAACCAGUCAAAUUUUUGGAAGGAGAACUUAUUCAUGAUCUUUUAACCAUUUUUGUGAGUGCAAGAUUGGUAUCAUAUGUCAAGUUUUACCAAAAUAACAAAGACUUCAUUGAUUCCCUGGGUCUGUCACAUGACCAGAAUAUGGCAAAAAUGAGACUGCUCACUUUUAUGGGCAUGGCAGUUGAAAAUAAGGAAAUUUCUUUUGAUACAAUGCAGCAGGAGCUUCAGAUCGGGACUGAUGAUGUUGAAGCAUUUGUCAUUGAUGCUGUAAGAACAAAGAUGGUAUACAGCAAAAUUGAUCAGACUCAGAGAAAAGUAGUUGUCAGUCAUAGCACCCAUCGGACAUUUGGAAAGCAGCAGUGGCAGCAACUGUAUGAUACACUCAACGCUUGGAAGCAAAACCUAAACCAAGUUAAAAACAGCCUCUUGAGUCUUUCUGAUACAUGAGAAUUCAUGCAUGGUUGUGUCCUCUUCAGGAGGAAACCUAAAUCAUAGUAAAACAUUCUGUGACUAAA